GCCCCGGAGCCCCAGGCCCCGCCCGCCCUCGGCCCUUCCCGGGAGGCUGGGAGACCUGCUCGACCCGGCCCUCGGUGGGUGAGUGGGAGCGGCGGGUGGCGGGUGGGGCCUCCGCGGGCGGAGGCGCCGGGAGCUGGGGCGACGCCUGUCAUCGCUCCAGGCCCAGCGGGAGGACGCGGCAAUAUCUCCGCUGCUGCGCUCGGCCCGGGACGUGCCUGUGGCUGCUCCCACCUCUGGGCCCCGGCUGGGGCCGCCGUGGGGGCUCUGGUUGCUCGGCAUUGCGAGCCGGCGGGCAGAGCCUCGGACCCAGGCUCUCUGUCCCUGAGGGCAGCGGCGUGGGGCCCCGGCCGGCUGGCUGACCCACGGUGAUUCCGGCCAUGCCCAGCUGGCCCUGGGGGCUGCUGCUGACCGCAGGCACGCUCUCGGCCGCGCUCAGCCCGGGGCCGCCGGCGCCCGCCGACCCCUGCCAUGACCAGGGGGGCGCGCCCCGCAGCUGUGUGCCCGGCCUGGUGAACGCGGCCUUGGGGCGCGAGGUGCUGGCGUCCAGCACGUGCGGGCGGCCGGCCACGCGGGUCUGCGACGCCUCGGACCCGCGGCGGGCACACCCUGCUGCCCUCCUGACCUCCGCAGGGGGCACUGCAAACCCUGUGUGCUGGCGUUCGGAGUCGCUGAGGAAGGCGCCCCUGAACGUGACCCUCACAGUGCCCCUGGGCAAAGCUUUUGAGCUGGUGUUUGUGAGCUUGCGCUUCUGCUCGGCACCCCCUGCCUCUGUGGCCCUGCUCAAGUCGCAGGACCACGGCCGCACCUGGGCCCCGUUGGGCUUCUUCUCCUCCCGCUGUGGCCCGGACUACGGCCGCCUGCCUGCCCCUGCCAAUGGCCCAGCUGGCCCCGGGCCUGAAGCUCUUUGCUUCCCUGAGCCCCAGGCCCAGUCUGAUGGUGGUGGCCUUCUGGCCUUCAGUGUGCAGGAUGGCAGCCCGCCAGGCCUGGAUCUGGACAGCAGCCCAGUGCUCCAAGACUGGGUGACUGCCACGGACAUUCGAGUAGUGCUCACAAGGCCUGCUAUGCUGGAGGACACCAGGGACUCUGAGGCCAUGGUCCCUUACUCUUACUCAGCCACUGAGCUCCAGGUGGGGGGUCGCUGCAAGUGCAAUGGGCAUGCCUCCAGGUGCCUGCUGGACACCCAGGGCCUCCUGAUCUGCGACUGCCGACAUGGAACCGAGGGCCCUGACUGCAGCCGCUGCAAGCCCUUCUACUGUGACAGGCCAUGGCAGCGGGCCACUGCCCGGGAAGCCCACGCCUGCUUUGCUUGCUCCUGCAAUGGCCAUGCCCGCCGCUGCCGCUUCAACAUGGAGCUGUACCGACUGUCCGGCCGCCGCAGUGGCGGUGUCUGCCUCAACUGCCGGCACAAUACCGCUGGCCGCCACUGCCAUUACUGCCGGGAGGGCUUCUAUCGAGACCCAGGCCGUGCCUUGAGUGAUCGCCGUGCUUGCAGGGCCUGUGACUGUCACCCUGUUGGUGCCGCUGGCAAAACCUGCAACCAGACGACAGGGCAGUGUCCCUGCAAGGACGGUGUCACUGGCCUCACCUGCAACCGCUGUGCCCCUGGCUUCCAGCAGAGCCGCUCUCCGGUGGCACCCUGCGUGAAGACCCCUGUCCCUGGACCCACUGAGGAGAGCAGCCCUGUGGAGCCCCAAGGUGAGUGGACACAGUACAGUCCCAGACUGGCAUGUCCAUGGGAGGAGGAGGAGAGGGUAGAGGAAGGAGGUGGGGUGUGUGUCAGCCUCCGGCCCUGCCCCCGCAGACUGCGACUCACACUGCAAACCGGCCCGAGGCAGCUACCGCAUCAGCCUGAAGAAGUUCUGCAGGAAGGACUACGCGGUGCAGGUGGCGGUGGGCGCGCGCGGCGAGGCGCGCGGCUCGUGGAUGCGCUUCCCGGUGGCCGUGCUCGCCGUGUUCCGGAGCGGCGAGGAGCGCGCGCGGCGCGGGAGCAGCGCGCUGUGGGUGCCCGCGCGGGACGCGGCCUGCGGCUGCCCGCGCCUACUACCGGGACGCCGCUACCUGCUGCUGGGGGGCGGGCCGGGGGCAGCGGCAGGAGACCUUGGGGGCCGGGGGCCCGGGCUCAGCGCCGCCCGCGGGAGUCUCGUGCUGCCCUGGCGGGACGCGUGGACGCGGCGUCUUCGGAGGCUGCAGCGGCGAGAGCGACGGGGGCGCUGCGGGGCUGCCUGAGUUCGCAGGCCGGGCGGGGUCCGGGCGGGGUGUUGCUCCCACAUCAAGGCGCACGUUCAUCCAGUGCAUUCGCCUGUCGAGGAGUCUUUGCUCGCGUCGCGCGUCUCGCCAUCUAGGCCCCCGCCCCGACCCUGUCAGGUG